GUUUGCUGUCGCUCGAGUACUGUAGUAAGUCGCAACAAGGUAACUUCCUCAACCAAUCCUGGCUUUUUGCCUUCGAAACGCCGCCGCCAGACCAGACUGGCGAACCUCCCGUAAACGUUACAAAAUGAGUCUUCAGUUUCGUUCUCUUCGCAGCAAGUGAAGUUGGUCACUUCUUUUUAUUCCCCAAACCAGCGACAGACAGACGAUAAUGUUGGCGUCAUGAAGACUCCGCUUUCCAGACUUUGGAAAACAAGUCGGAUUUUGUCGGAUGACUCUCGGGAGCUGCGCCUGUUAGCGAACCCUCGUCGCAAAGCACUUUGAAAAAUCACCCGCAGGUCUACAAUGACAAGUGAGGUCUUCCUCUGGGUUGUGCUCACACUGGUUCUUCCCGGUCACAGCGUGGAGGGGCAAGACGGUGUGAGGAAUGAAUGUUUGUGCGACGGGCCAUCGUGCAGCAGAGGGGAACGGUGUUUUGGCCAGCAAUGCUUUGCUUCUCUUUCUGUUCUGAACGGGACGUCGGUCUUUCGGAGGGGUUGCAUAGUGGAAAAUGAGGAUGAAGCUUUACGCUGUGGAAAUUCCCCAACUCUGGAGAUGGUGGUGACGUGCUGCUCUGGACAUUUGUGCAACAAGAACAUUUCUUUGCAGUUCCCAGUGAAAGAUGUCGAACUGUCUGCCGGCAGACCGGUCCUCAGAGAGCAGGAGUGUGUGUGCGAGGGAGAAUUGUGCGAGCCCGACCAUCGCUGCACGGGCCAGCAGUGUUUCUCCUCUCUGAAAGUGAGUGACGGGAAAGCUGUCCAACAGAAGGGCUGCCUGAGGGACGAUGAGGAGGGCAGAGCCACCUGCGCCGUGCCACCUUCAUCAGUUCACAUUGUCAAGUGCUGCCAGGGCCAUCUGUGUAACAAGAACGUCACUGUGCACGUCCCAGAGAAAGAGGUGGAAAUGAAGCCCCUGACCAAAGAGGAGCAGGAGUGCGUGUGUGAGGGCAGGUCAUGUGUAACGGGGAAUCGCUGCAGAGGACAUCAGUGUUUCUCCUCCCUGACUGUCAACGGUGACGCCCUGGUGUCUCAGAAAGGCUGCUUUAAGGUGUACGAGCAGAGCACGUUGACGUGCAAGACUCCCCCCUCUAGAGACCAGAUUGUCGAGUGUUGCCAAGGCCACCUGUGCAACAUGAACAGCACCGUGGAGCUUCCCAUCCAAGCUAAUGACCCAUACAGCUACAGUGCGACCACGCUGGCCACCGCCAUCGUGGCGCCCAUCAUCAUUCUUGUCAUCAUCCUCUCCGUCUUGGCUAUCCUGGUGCUUAGACGCGUUCGGCUUAACCAGAUGGAAAGGCUAACAUCGCGAGAUGCAGAAUAUGGAACAAUUGACGGACUCAUAGCGUCUAACGUGGGGGAGAGCACUCUGGCGGAUUUGUUGGAUCAUUCCUGCACCUCAGGAAGUGGCUCAGGACUCCCUUUUCUUGUGCAGAGAACAGUUGCUCGACAAAUCACGCUCAACGAGUGUGUGGGUAAGGGUCGUUACGGCGAAGUGUGGCGGGGCCAGUGGCAGGGAGAGAAUGUCGCCGUUAAGAUCUUCUCCUCCAGAGAUGAGAAGUCUUGGUUCAGAGAAACUGAAAUCUACAACACAGUUCUGCUGAGACAUGAGAACAUUUUGGGCUUCAUUGCUUCAGACAUGACCUCCAGGAACUCGAGUACUCAGCUGUGGCUCAUUACUCACUUCCAUGAAAUGGGCUCCCUGUACGAUUAUCUUCAGCUCAGCACCCUCGACGCUUCCUGCUGCCUUCGAAUGGCGCUGUCCAUAGCCAGCGGCCUGGCGCAUCUGCACGUGGAGAUCUUUGGCACCCAGGGCAAGCCGGCCAUCGCCCACCGAGACCUCAAAAGCAAAAACAUACUGGUGAAGAAGAACGGGCAGUGCUGCAUCGCCGAUCUCGGUCUGGCAGUCAUGCAUUUCCAAGACACCAAUGAGUUGGAUGUGGGCAACAACCCUAAAGUUGGCACAAAGCGCUACAUGGCCCCCGAGGUUCUUGAUGACUCCAUCCAGAUGGACUGCUUCGAGUCCUUCAAGAGGGUGGACAUCUGGGCUCUGGGCCUCGUUCUGUGGGAAAUCGCCAGGAGGACAGUCAGCAACGGCAUCGUAGAAGACUACAAGCCACCGUUUCAUGACGUCGUUCCAAAUGAUCCCAGCUUUGAGGACAUGAAGAAGGUUGUGUGUGUGGAUCAGCAGAGGCCCAACAUCCCAAACAGAUGGUUUUCAGAUGCAACUUUAACCUCCUUGGCUAAACUCAUGAAGGAGUGUUGGUACCAGAAUCCAUCAGCCAGACUAACGGCGCUGCGCAUCAAAAAGACUCUCACAAAGAUCGACAACUCCCUGGAUAAACUCAAAACGGACAUGUGAGCUUUGCUCGACAGGAGUCGGCGUCUGAAGACAUCCAGAGGAUGGACCAGCAAGGAGAAAACACAAGAAAGACUGGUUUAGUGCCCUUAUAGUGGUACACGGCCUAUAUUUAUUUUGAAACACUUGAUGGGACACAUUUUGGCAUCCAAAGAUGGCUUAUUGGGCAUUUCUGGAACUGCCCUGUAGUUUAAAAAAACAAAAAAAAGGGAGAAUCCGUUGAGACAUAGGAGCUGGACUGUUACCUGGGCAUUUAAGUGCUUGUUUUUGUUAGUCGUGCACAUUUAGUUUGACACAUUUUUCAGCUCAAAAAGACGUCUGAACGUAAAAGUUCCACUUUUCUCUUUAAUCGUGCUUCAUUUCAUUUGCAAUUUCUUGGUAUUGUUUAGAAAACCAGGCCGGUUUCAUGUCUUCUUUCAACAGCGACGGCAGCAAAUUCCUCGUUUGUGUCGCUGCACAAGCAACUUUAUUAAGACUUCACCUGAAAUAUAACAUUAAAUAGUACAAAUAUGCCGGUGGCACUUUGUUUUGCUGUUCUUUAGUCCAACUAAAGGCACUCGGUUGUAAAACUUCACAUAUCACCCUGAACUCUUCAGUUUUACUGGCACAAACACAAAAAAUAUCCAAUAAACUGUCUGCUAGUUGAUGCUGAACUCUUAUGAGCCUGUAUACAGUCUUAAUGCGUCGAGCCAAUGAAGUCGAGCUUUUUAUUGCAUUAAAGUUUUAUAUCAGCCACUUCUAUUCAUUAAAUAGAAAAGAUCAAACAGUCA